AUGAAGGUCUUCCUGAUUCUCUCCUGCCUGGGAGCGGUUGUUGCUGUCCCGGGGGAUGCCGAUGACGACAAGAUUGUGGGAGGCUACAAUUGCCCAGCACAUUCAGUGCCCUACCAAGUGUCCCUGAAUUCUGGCUAUCACUUCUGUGGUGGUUCCCUCAUCAACAACCAAUGGGUUCUGUCAGCUGCUCACUGCUACAAGUCCUCUAUGCAGGUGAGGCUGGGAGAGUACAACAUUGAUGUGCAGGAAGAUAGCGAAGUGGUCAGAAGAGCUUCACUAAUCAUUCGCCAUCCUAAAUAUAGUUCACUGACCCUUAAUAAUGACAUUAUGCUGAUCAAGCUGGCAUCCGCGGUGACUUUCAGUGCYGAUGUUCAACCCAUAGCUCUGCCCAGUGCCUGUGCCAAGGUAGGCACYGAGUGUCUCAUCUCAGGAUGGGGAAACACCCUGAGCAAUGGCUACAAUUCCCCUGAGAUUCUCCAGUGUGUGAAAGCUCCCGUCUUGAGUGACCAGGCRUGCCAAGCUGCGUACCCCGGGGAGAUCACCAGCAGCAUGAUGUGUGUAGGAUUCCUGGAAGGCGGGAAAGACUCCUGCCAGGGUGACUCUGGUGGUCCAGUUGUGUGCGAUGGAACCCUCCAGGGGAUUGUGUCAUGGGGAUAUGGUUGUGCUCAGAAAGGCUACCCCGGCGUCUACACCAAGGUCUGCAAUUUCCUCAGUUGGAUCCAAGAAACCAUCGCGGCCUACUGA